UAACAUAAGUUACUAAAUAUUAAUUUCUGUACCAUUAUAUUCUCUGCAAAUAAUUGACUAUACGUGUGUCUGUGAAAUACAUAUUUCUUGCAUAAAUUGAAUGUAAUAAAAAUGAAUACAAAACGGAAAUUUCGUGGAAAUGAAUGUAUAACAAAUAUUAAAGAAAAACAAAUUGAAGCUAAAGUUAAAUCCAUAAUAAGUACAGUUUUGGAAAGAUGCAAAAAGGAACACGACAGUAGUACUUUGCAAGUGCCAUUGGAUGAAUAUGUUCAACGGGCCUCCUACUAUACAGCUUUUCCUAAAAACUAUAUAUGUGCAUUAGAAGAUGAAGAAAGAAAUUUACUGGUGAAAACUGAAGGUUUAUCUAUUAAACAAAUAAUUGGAAAUUUAGAAUGCAUAAGUAAAUUUCUUUAUAACAGAACCUUGCCGACAUAUUCUCUAAUUUACAAAACAUUAAAAAAUAGCAUUGAUAUGCCCGAGUUUAAUAUUUAUAAACGAGAAAUGUAUUUAAUGGGGUACCACUAUAAAAAAACUAAUAAUGGUCCAUUACUUGUAGAAGAUCCAAAAUUUAGUUUUGAACGCUUUCAUUAUCUCAGUAGAAUUAAAAAGUUAAGAAGUAAAGAUGCAAAUAUCUGCUAUAUCGAUGUAAGAAUUAUAAAUGAGAAGCAGGCAUUUGAACGUUUGACAAAUCUGAAAGACUCAUCAGAUGAAAAUAAUGACCAAUUUAUAUUUCUACAUUCGAUUUCUAAAAAUGGUUAUAUAAAUGGAUUAUGCACUAAUAACAUUUGUGAAGAAAACUUUACAAAAUGGAUAAUAGAUAUUCUACUUCCGAACCUGAACCCGGCAACAACUAUUGUUGUUGACAAAACUCUCUUCGAGAUUAUUUCACCAUGUAAAUCUAUAUCUCGAUAUGAUUCUAAAUAUGAAAUGAUAGAAUGGUUGAGAAGCAACAGCAUUCCUUAUUAUUAUGAAAUGGAAAAACCAGAAUUAUAUGACCUUAUAAGCAACAGCAAAAUAAAACCAAAGUGUAAAUUAGAACAAAUCAUAAAAGCAUUUGGCCAUAAUAUGCUAUGUCUUCCGUUGAAACUUAAUAAACUUACUCCUAUUGAUCUCUUGUGGGGACACAUAAUAAAAUUAAAUAUAAGGAAGGAAAAUGAAAAUUCAUUAUUAAGUAUUAAGCAGUAUAUUGUAAAUUAUAUUAAGGAUUUAAGUCCGACUAUGUUUGAUACAUUCACCAAAACCGUAGAACAGUGGGAGAACGAAAUAUAUCAAUAUGAUCGCUCAAUUGAAAAAUUAAUAGAUCAACAAUACAAAUUCGAUACAACAUAUAUUGAAGAUGAGUAUAUGCCACAAUACUUUUAUGGUGAAGAAGAUUAAAAACUAAUUAAACUAACACCUUGAUAUAAUAAUGUUUCAUUUUACCCCUAUGAGUCCUUUGCCAAGCCCGCAUUCUCAGAAAUCUUUGGAGAGAACUACGAGUACUUCAUUGUGUUAUGUAAUUGUGACUGUACUAUUUUCAUGUACAAUUAUACGAUAUCUAAUACGUAUGUGAUGAAAUUCACUUCAGUACACUACUAUUUACAACCAAAAUGUUAUUUAAUUAUACCGACCUAUGCUCAAAAACAAAACUUUAAUAAAAUAUUGUAGAAAUCACGACACUUCCUAAACGAAAGUUAUCUCAAUCAAAAUGAUAAAAUUGAUCCCUUGUAAUGCGUUUUUGUCCAUAAUUUGUACGGCUUCCAUAUCUAAAGUGCAGGAGAAACUUAAUGCAAAAGUAAAACUAUCUGUCUCGCUUUCACGCCAAAACU